UAGAAGACCCAAUGGAACAGGAACAACUGCUACAGAUGACGAAGAUGUCAACGGUCACAGUAACUGAGAGUUGGGAGAAAGCGGACCUGAUGUACAUCUCCAUCGAGAGCACUAUCGCCCUGGCAUCGGUGCUUGGGAACGUGCUGGUGGUCUUGGUGGUGUGCAUGAACCAGGGUCUUAGAGACCCGACCUUCUGCUUUAUUGUCUCUCUGGCGCUGGCCGAUAUAGCGGUCGGCGUUCUUGUCAUUCCGCUUGCGGUGGUCAUCAGCCUGGGUCUCACCACACAGUUUUACACUUGCCUCUUCAUCUCGUGCCUUCUCGUCAUCAUCACCCAAAGCUCCAUACUGUCCCUGCUGGCCAUCGCCAUCGACCGAUUCCUGCGCGUCAAAAUCCCCACCAGGUACAACAUCAUUGUUACACAGAGGCGGGCGUGGGUAGCUGUGGGUUUGUGCUGGCUCAUCUCUUUUCUGACUGGCCUAGUGCCUAUGGCCGGCUGGCACUGCAGUCCACCUGGAAAUGUCAGUACGACGCCCAUCCAAUGCCAGUUCACCAACGUCAUGCGCAUGGAUUAUAUGGUCUACUUCAACUUCUUCGUCUGGGUGGUGGUUCCCCUGACCAUCAUGAUCGGCCUGUACGCCGAGAUCUUCCGCGUGAUCAAACGCCAGCUCAACCGUCGAGCCGAGGCCACUUGCGACUCCAGCAAGUACUACCGCAAAGAGCUGAAACUUGCAAAGUCGUUAGCACUAGUUCUGUUUCUCUUUGCGCUCUGCUGGCUGCCACUUCAUAUCAUGAACUGUUUUGUGUUUUUUUGGCCCACAUGCACAGUGCCCAAGAGUGCUUUUUAUGUGGGCAUCUUUAUGUCACACAUCAACUCCGCACUCAACCCGCUAGUGUAUGCCUUCCGCAUCCAGCGCUUCCGUGAUACACUGAUUCAUAUCAUUCAGCGAUUCAUGCUCUGUAAAGCCUCCUCAACCAGCCCAAGCCAGCACGGUCCGGGACCAAUCACGGAGAAAACACAAGUUCAAUAGCAACUAAGACUUGAGGGGGGAAUUUACU